UAUCCACGUUUAUCUCAACGUACUUAAUUGUUCUCGUGCUUGGUGUGAUUGCGAUAACCAUUAACAUGUUUCGCCUAAUUGAGGCUAUCUUAGUGUUGGACGAUUUUGAGGAAUUAUUAGCAGCUGGAUCUUUUAUUGGAGGCCAAUACGGUUUCUUGUUUUUCGCCAACUAUUUCGGGCAAAAAGUAACAGAUCGUAGUAUUCUUGUGUUCGAUAAGGCAUACGGUGUGCCCUGGUAUACAGCGCCCAUACAAAUUCAAAAACUUCUCACGUUUAUUUUGCAAAGAACAGCGAAGGGUUACGUGUUGGGUAUCGGUGGCGUAAUUAUAGCGUCGUUGGAGGGUUUCGCAUCGAUGGCAAGUAUGACACUGUCUUAUCUCACUGUAAUUUAUUCCGUACGUUGAGAUAAAAAUCGAUGGCGAGUCUGACUUUGUAGUGAUAUG